AUGGUUAACGAUGGCUCUGAUGGUGGUUUUGCUAGAAUAGGAAAUAAUGAGAUCGUUAUUUUAGUAAAUGAUGCAGAAAAGGUUGGUUAUGGACGACUUAACAAUUUCAAAUCGAAUCGACCCAUCCGGUAUAUUUUCCACGUUCAUAGGAGUGCGUCUAUGAUUUUGCUUUACGAAUAUUAUAUUUUUUGGGCAUUUCUAAUAAUAUCAAGUCUUAUUCCUAUUUUGGCAUUAUUCAUUUCUGAGAUUUUAGCCUCGAUUAGGAAAGGGCCGGAGAAACUUUCUAAUUAUGAAUCGGGUAUAGAACCCAUGGGCGACGCUUGGUUACAAUUUCGAAUCCGUUAUUAUAUGUUUUCUCUCGUUUUUGUUGUUUUUGAUGUUGAAACAGUAUUUCUUUAUCCAUGGGCAAUGAGUUUCGAUGUAUUGGGCGUAUCUGUAUUUAUAGAAGCUUUAAUUUUCGUGCUUAUCUUAAUUGUUGGUUUAGUUUAUGCAUGGUGA